CUCCAUGUCGCGUUCAUCCCUGGACGAUACGUCUGGAUACUACUCUUCUGCUCUCCAUAAGAUCCGCGAGAAACAAUCCGGUACAGCCCACGAUCCUACGCGCGAUGGUCCCAACCUCCGGGGACGGCUGGUCGAACAUGUGAAACCACCAGCCGCCCAGCCUCCCAGCGAUCAGGACUUCUACGUCCCGGAUGUACAAGCGGGCGUCCACAGGCCGAACGUCAGGCUUCUGCGAGACCAUUUCUUCGACGAGGGUCGCCUUACGGAACCGCAAGCCUUGUUCAUACUCGAACAAAUCACAACGCUCCUGACGCAGGAGCCCAACAUGCUGCAGAUUGACGGGCCAGUAACGGUCUGCGGGGAUAUACACGGACAAUAUUAUGACCUAAUGAAGAUAUUUGACGUUGGUGGCUCGUUCGCAGAGACGAGCUACUUGUUCCUCGGGGACUAUGUGGAUCGCGGCUAUUUUGGAAUUGAAUGUUUGCUGUAUCUUUAUACGUUGAAGCUUUGGUAUCCCGAUCGUCUCUUCCUGUUGCGGGGCAACCACGAAUGCAGACAUCUGACAGAGUACUUCACCUUCAAGCGUGAGUGCCUCCACAAGUACUCCGCCACGGUGUACGAAGCGUGCAUACGCUCGUUCCAGGCACUGCCCGUGUCGGCGCUCCUGGACGGGAAGUUCUUCUGCGUGCACGGCGGCAUCUCGCCGGAGCUGAUGAAGCUGUCGGAUAUUGACAAGAUCGAUCGGUUUGUUGAGCCCGCAUCUGUGGGCCUCCUGUGCGACUUGCUCUGGUCUGACCCCAUGCCCGGUUAUGGCGAAGAGCACAAACCUACAUACGAGCGUCCACAAGGCCUCCCGCCUGGCGUAACGUUCGAGCCGAAUCACACGAGGGGAUGCAGUUUCUACUUCACUUACGAGGCCGCGUGUCAAUUCCUCGAUCGGAACCACCUACUGGGCAUCUUCAGAGGGCACGAGGCACAGGACGCGGGGUACACGAUGCACCGCAAGACGCCGACGAAGAAGUUCCCAUCGCUGAUUACGGUGUUCAGCGCACCGAACUACCUCGACGCGUACCACAACCGAGGCGCGAUCAUCCGGUACAAGGAUAGGAGCAUGACGAUCCGCCAAUAUAAUGCAUCGUCACACCCGUACUGGCUGCCGAACUUCAUGGACGCGUUCACGUGGUCCCUCCCGUUCGUGGGCGCGAAGAUCACGGAGAUGCUGCUUGCGAUCCUGGCGGUGUGCUCUGAUCAUGAGCUCGAAGAGGCAAGUCAUACAUCGUCGGAAGAGGACGAGGAUCGCGCGAGGGCGCUUGCGGAGAUCGAGGAAGAUGAUGAGGAUCGCUCGCAUCCCAGCGAGAGGAGGCAGGAGAUCAAGAAUAAGAUUUUGGCUGUGGGCAAGAUGCAGCGGGUGUUCCAGCUUCUACGACAAGAAGCGGAAAGUGCCACGGAACUCAACCCUACCAUGCCAGGUGCGCUGCAAGCUCCUGGUGCCUGGCCGGGCGGCUUCGCACAGCCUACACCCGCACCGGACGCGCUCGGCGUGCAAACCGCACAGAUGCGACGGUACAUCCGAUCCUUCGACGAUGCACGGCGAUCCGACAUCGCGAACGAACGACUACCGCACUAUGCACCCGCUUUGAAUCCGUUUGUCCCUGUUCCAAGCAUGCGGCUAGCUGGGAUGGCGCACAACGAUGAGGGUCACGAGGAACAGGUCAGUAUGGAGGCGAUGAUUCGGCGGGCGCUGGAGGAGGAAGGUGUCAGCGACGGAGGCGUCGUGGAACGCCUUGCGGAAAGGAUCGCGCGGGGACGAAGGCCGAAUGGUAGGCCAAGGGGAUUAAAGCGCUUCGAGACCGCACCGUGAAGGAAGUUAACGUUAUUGCUUCAACUGUUGUAUCAGUUGUGCUUUACUGGAUACCCUCUGCUGUGUGUAUCUCCCUGUAGUGUUUGCGAAGCAGUGCGUUGGAUUGGUUGUAAUUGGUCUGUUACUUAAGUAUCUCCUCAUGUCGGAUAGCUGGCGUUCUCGGUCUCGUGUCUGUUGGAAUAAUGAUUAUUGUUGCCCCGCCUUCCAAAUACAUCGCUAACGCGGUUCCAUGUGUACUAUAUAUCUACGAGGACGUUCUGAAUAUUACGGUCGAUCUCGUGGUUGCCACCAAAGGGGGAAGCAUUGUCGAUGCGAAGCCACACUUGCGUGUGCGCAUGCACAAUGGUACUGGUCGGAGUGGCGUAUCUGCAAGGACAAAGCACCAGCAUCGAAUGUGUAUAAAAAGUCAACUGAGGCGUCCCGGCUUGACAUCGACC